AUGGCGGAUUUCAAGGGCAAGUUGGCCAUCGUGACUGGGUCAGCCAAGCAGAAUGGUAUAGGCUUUGCAACAGCACAUCUCCUGGCACAACUUGGGGCAGACAUUCUACUGCAUUACAACACGAACCAUGACGCUGCACAGACGAGUGCCGAACUUAUGCGCACCUUUGGUGUAACUGUUGUCACGGUACAUAGCAACGCAGCUGAACCCUCCUUCGGAACUGAUCUGAUCACUGCUUGUAAGAAGAGCUUUCCAAAUCAGUCUAUCGACAUCAUAGUCAACAAUGCUGCCGACGCACGCUUUUCAGACGGCAUCGCCGCUUCGACACUUGAAGACUUCAGCGACAUGUUCAAUGCCAAUGUGCGAGGGCCGCUCUUGCUGAUACAAGCAGCUUUACCGCAUUUAACAUCUCCUGGCGGACGUAUCAUCAAUGUUGGUACUGUAGUGGCACGUCUAGGGACGAGGCACGCCAAUAUAUACGCUGGUACCAAAGCAGCGCUGAAUGCGAUGACUCGAGGUUGGGCGGAGGAGUUAGGAGAACGUGGGGUCACGGUCAAUGUCGUGGCCCCUGGUCCAAUCGAUACCGAUUACGUGCCUGCUGAGGAGCAUCAGCUUGUCCAGAAGUUUCGAGCGGCACAACAUCUCGUGCGAAAUGGCACAGCAAAAGAAGUAGCCGAGGUCAUCAAGUUCGUUGCGAGUCCUGGGAGCUCGUUUUUGACAGGGCAGGUCAUCGGCGUUGACGGCGGGCUUAGCUAUUGUUGA